AUGUGUUUUUUCUGUGUCUCUGCAGUGGAAAGAGAAGUUGUUCAGAAGAGGACCUUCACCCGAUGGAUGAACCUGCAUUUAGAGAAGUGUGACCCGCCCCUGAAGGUUGAUGACCUGUUCCAGGACGUGCAGGAUGGGCGUGUCCUCAUGGCGCUGCUGGAGGAGCUCUCUGGCUGCAGGCUGCUUCAUGGGUUCAAGAAGUCGUCCCAUCGGAUUUUCAGACUAAACAACAUUGCUAAAGUUCUGUCAUUCCUGGAGGAGAGAAACGUAAAGCUGAUCAGCAUUGAUGCAGCUGAUGUUGCUGAUGGAAACUCCUCCAUCAUCCUGGGACUUAUCUGGAACAUCAUCCUCUUCUUCCAGAUCAAGGAGCUGACUGGUAACAUCAGGAGUCAAUUCCCCUCCUGCUCCAGCUUGUCAUCCCUCCCCACGAGCUCUGACUCGGAUGCAUCCUUCCCAAGCGCGCCGUCUGAUGAGAGACCGUCGUCGUCCUCGGCCACACGAGAGCAUGGCAAGGCGAUCAAGAGGCUGCUACAGUGGGUGCAGAAGCGAACACGCAAAUACAGUGUGGCGGUGCAGGACUUUGGAAGGAGUUGGACAAAUGGGCUGGCCUUUCUGGCGGUCAUUAAGUCCAUUGACCCCAGUCUGGUGGACAUGAGAAAAGCACUGCUGAGGACUCCCAGGGAGAAUCUGGAGGACGCCUUCAGAGCUGCCCACUACAGCCUGGGCAUCCCACGCCUGCUGGAGCCUGAGGAUGUGACAAUCAAUGCCCCAGAUGAACAGUCCAUCAUGACCUAUGUGUCACAGUUCCUGGAGCACUUUCCUGGUAUAGAGGAGCCAGAAGAGCCAUGCACACUGACUGAACGUAGCGUCUCGAUGGGCCGACUAAACCUCCGUGACUACGACUCUGAGCACCUACGGAAUGGAACUCACCGAAGCCAUGUGAGAGAGACGGCAUGCAUGUUCCAGAAAGACCGUGUUCGGCCACCGCCCAAAAUCUUAAUUUCCUCUGUGUCAGAAGACCAGGGGGUCAUGUCACCUGCCUUCAAGCCAGCUGUGGCUCGUUCAUGGGUUAGUGAAGACUUUUUAGCAAGGUCCACCACUGUGGAAGACACCUACAUGAGCAUGAAAAGAGGCCCUCAGGAACAUGCCAGUGAGGAUUUCUCUCAUUCAUGCAUCCACUCACCCACUGGGUCAUCGGUGCCCGAGUCAACGAUUACAGAGUCAACUGUUGGUGAUUCUGCAAUCAGUUCUCCAGACUCGUGGCUGGAGAACGAGUUCGGGGCUGUGUCACAUGUGGUUUGUGAGAGUCACAGUGACAGCUUGCUGUGUGACAGUGGGACACCCUGGGAUAUGAACCUCCUCAAUGCCACCACGUCAGAGGAGAUCAGUGGAGUACUAAUAUCCACCACUGAGAGAGCACCUGAUGAGCAGCCAGCUACUGAAUUAUAUACUGAUGAAGGGAUUUACUCACUGAGUUCAAUGGAGAGCACCAGGGACCAAAUCCAACAACAUCUGGAUCACAAGCAAGACGAUAACCACAUAAGAAGACCAGAGAGAGAUCCGGACCAGCACCAGGAAGGUGAAAGCGCUGUUGAAGCAGACCCAAGACAGAAGUACUCAGGUGUACUUGAAGUAGACCAGGUACUCGGUGAGCAAGAACCAUCCUUUAGACUGUGUGACACAAAAUAUCUGGAAAACACUGCAAUUAUACAAACUCUAGAAGGAGAUGAACACAACCAAAUCCAGCCAAGCUCCAACACUCGCCUACCCAACACAGAACCCACAGAACAGAACACCUUUGUGACAUCAGAAUGUUUAAAGGAAGCUGAGGAUGAAUGGGACACUGAACAUCACAUAGAAAAAGUGGACCCUGCAUGCCAAGAUUCACUAUUCCAGCAGCCAAGAGAGGAGACUGGGACUUUAAAAGAAGGGGAUGAUGAACCCAAAGAAACACCAGAAAUGCAAGACUGUGCCACCAAAGGAGUUCUUAGUAGCCAUACAGGUCCUGAGGACAGCAUCAAUACAAAGAUGCUGAAUUCUUUUGCAGCCAACCAAAAUGAAGCACCAAAAACAGUGCAAGGCCCCACCACAGCCAUGAAUAUUUCUUUGAGCUCCUUUUCCACUGACACAGCAGAGAACAACCCAGAAGAAAGACAAGAUCAAGAUAGGGGUGAAAACCCAUGGCAGGCAGGAGUGUCUGAAGAUACAGGAACUGAGACCUGUUUUAUCAGUUCUCAAAACCCCAACCUCAUGACCUCAGCCUUGGCUAAAGGUGAUGAUAAUCCAAAACAUGUAAGAGCAGCAGAUUUAGAGAAGAUGACUAAAACAGAAGAUGGGCGUAUACAUGGACCUGACCAAGAUCACACCAGCGCAUUGUCAAACGCAGGAUCCACUGGGUUAGAAACUGCAGACAAUAUGGAAAAACGUCAGUCCAGAUGUGAAGGUGAGCCUUCUCAUGGUCACUCUCACAUAGGUGGAGAUCAGCUGGGCAUGUUCACUCAUACUUCUACAGAUGCUGAUUACUCACCUGGGACUCAGCAGGAGAUGGAAACUGAUUUGGCUGAUCGAGCACUUGAAAAUCAAGACAACCUGAGUGCAGUUUUUCCUGCCAGUCAUUUGGUCACCAGAGACGGAGACACGUCUGAUCCACUGGUGGCAUGUGGCGAUGUAUCUGUAGCUGGUGGAGCCAGAGGUGUGGACUUGUUUUACACGGACUUUGGCCGAAGUUCUCCCACGGAGGAUCUAGUUGUUGAUCUUCUUGAGCCCAUGGAUUUGUUCUACCCUGACAAAGAGGAACACAUGUUUACAGAGUCAUCUGAUCAUGAAAUGGAGAGGUGGCCUUCUGUUUUGAGUGUAUCUUCUCUGGAGCCGGCACCAGCUUCAGAGAGCCUGCCCGUCAGCCGAGCACUUGGCAGUCCACCUCAAGACUUCAGGAAUGGAGUGGACUUGAUCGAAGACCCGGACAAGGUGAUUCCAGAGAGUCAGUCUGAGGAACCUGGACCACAGGAGAGCUUUGGUCCUGACCUGGGAGGUCGCAGAGGUCGUGAAUGGCCAGUAGGAGGCAGUGAUGGCAGUGAGCUCCGGAACCGACACUCAACCACCCAGAACGCUGUGAGGAGUGACAAUAAAAGCAGACGAAGACCAGAUGAAAACCAGAUCCCUCCCAGUCUUGGACCCCGAAGAGUGGACAGCUGGUUGGAGUCCCAGGCCCGGAAGACGGCAGUGAGGAAGCUGAGCAGCCAGACCGAAGUGGAGAACGUGGACUGUUGGUGCAGGGACAGCUGGGAGCCCUACGUGCUGCUGCUGCUCUGGUUGCUGCUCUACUGUGUGUGGCUAAUGCCACAGAUGGACCUGAGGGACCUGCCUGGCCUGCUGCUCAACCUCCACCACUGACCGCACACACACACACACACACACACACACACACACACACACACACACACACACACACACACACACACACACACACACACACACACAUAUGAAUGUGUGCACGAGUGCAACCAUGCAUGCAUGAUGUGUGUGUAUGCAUGUCUGCAUGCACGUGUGUGUGUCCACCCAUUCAUGUUCAUGUGUGUGGGUAUACACAGACACACACGUGUGCACACACACUCAUGUCAGCAUGCACGUCUGUCCUGCACCCUGAGGAUGGACGUUGUGCUGCUGUUUAUUCACACUGUGCUGGCUCAAAGCUAAAAUCCAGCUUUGAAAUCUUAGACUUUGGAAGCAAAUCCUGGGAGAAGAUUGACACACAGACAAAUGCUACUUUAUCUGAUUCAGCUAAAAGUCAGCUGGAAGACCAGUUUGUAACGUAGAAAUGAUCAGGCUUUCUGUAUUUUUCUGUGAGGGGGGCUGCUGGGGACGGCUGGAGGGCCUCCAGUUCAGAUCCCCACAGGGUUAAUUCCGGAUGUCCUCCUUGAUGCAGCUCCAGCUCUACAAGGAGAUGGAAGCUAAACUGCAUGGCUCGAGCUUGAGUGUCAGAGCACUCGGUGGGGGAAUGUCGUCCCUCAGGCAGUGGUCUGUGACUUCCUUGAUAAAAUGAGAGUAAUACAAAAUCAAAGAACGUGAAUCAUCACUACUGUGAAAAAGUCUUAGGCUGAAUUUUAUUGAUGUGAAAAGUGUCUAAAUGUCCCCAGACUGGUUCCAGGUUUGCGGUGAUGUCAGCCGCUCGGCUCUUUCUGGAACCACUUGGUGCCAUAAAGUGUGUGUGGCUUUAAACAGUCACACAAACAUCUUCCUUUUGCAUGAACCUGCUUUUUUUUGGUUAUGAUCCCGUUUGUCAGUGGACUAUUGAACUUCAAAGCUCAUUUUACAUUCUGCAAUAUAAAAUAAAGUUCUGUUGUGUUUUACUCUAUUUUCAUGUUUUGUUUUUAAAUUUACUAUUUGCAGAUUUCACGUUGGGACCUUUUACUGGGGAGCUACUGAUUGGGGAAAACAUAAAAAAAAAAUAUUCUGCAGAAACAAUUAGGUGCCUAAGACUUUUGCACAGUAGACAGGAGUAAAAUUUAUUUUCAAUAUUUGUGAUGUUAUUUGAGCCAAAUUACUUUUGGCAUAAUUGAUGUUUGUCUUACUGUCAGUAUUUAAUCACAGGAUUUAGCUUUCAGAAUAUCAUAUUUAUCAUAUUUUUGUGAAGAAAUAAAAAUUGUGGUCUGCUGCUUCUGAAUGUGCAUAAAAGCACAGACAAAAAGCUUCACUUUAUACUGUCCUCUGAUUGGCUCAGAAACACUUCAGAAACUGGUCACACCAUAGUGUGUGUGGUGGUGAUGACAGUGAAGGAUGUGUGGAUGGUUUGAUGUUCGAACCUGUCAAACUGCUGGUUUUGGUUUUCUUCAACAGCUGGCUCGGGCUUUGAACCCGUUUGUGGUUCGUUUGUGUGCAGAUGAAGGUGAACUGUGAGCCAUAUGUGUACACUGUGGAUGUACCUGAAUUUAACCAGCUGAGCAAUUUUAAAAAUGAAUUUUUUUGUGUGAGAAAAAAGUGAGCUUGAGAAUUUAUGAUAAUGUAGAGAUGGACAAACCACAAGCCCGAAAUAUUCUAUUUAAUACAAAGUCUUUUGCUAAAGUCUCUAUAUUGUAUUGUUAUAUUUUAUGGGUCUUAAGAAUAAUUAAUUGAUUUUUUUUUAAUUAUAAUGUAUAACAAAAGUUUGUAUGAAUCAGCUGCACGUGAGCUUGUCCAAUGAAAAAGCUUUACAGUGAAAUGUCUGGUAUUUUUAACAGUGUCUGUAAUGAAGCACUAUAA